CACUCAAAGCAUCAGGCAUCAAAAGAUGCAUCUUGAGCAAUUUCACUGACCCGGACAUAACUAUCGUCCUUUCCAUGGCCACGGCAACUCUGCCCUAUAAGUGGAUCCACGAUCAACGAACGCUCUUCAAAUUAGUGGCCAACGCCUUGGAAUGUCACUGUGACACCAACUACGAGCCGGGGAUAACGCUAAUCUCCAGGCGAUAAUUUCUAAGCCCGGAGCGAGGUUGCCAUACCAAAAUCCAGGCACUAAGAUAAGAGCCAAACGUUUUGGUUGAAGACGGGCAGCAAUAAACAUCAACUCAUCAUUUUACUCUAUCCUCUACAAAUUUGUUCAAAGAUCACACCCGUUCAUACUCAAAAUGUCGCCCACAAAAGGCCUCGUUCUUGUCACUGGCGCCAAUGGCUUCAUCGGCGCACGUACCGUUGAAGCUUUCCUCGCCGCCAACUAUUCUGUCCGCGCGGCAGUGCGAAGUCAAUCCUCAGCCUCGAGCCUCCUCUCAGCACUCCCCUCAUAUGCUUCCUCCGGCCAACUCACGAGAAUCUUGGUACCCGAUCUCAUGGCCAGGGGAGCUUUUGAUGAAGCUGUAAAAGGGACAACGGCAAUUGCCCACCUGGCGGCUCCAGUUGACUUUGCCAACACCAAUAUCGACUACGUCAUCGGCUCUUCUCUGCAAGGGACUCUCGGCAUUUUGGAGUCCGCUGCCAAAGAGCCUGCUUUGAAGUCAUUUGUGUACAUGUCUUCAAUAGUGGCUGUCAGAGGUUGCAAACCCAAGUAUCCAGAGAAGGGUUACACAGAAGAAGAUUGGAAUGAUCAAAUUGAGGAUGCGAUCGCGAAGGCUGGCUCGGAAGUGACAGGCCACCAGAUCUACGUCGCAAGCAAGGUCAAAGUAGAGCGUGCAUUCUGGGAGUUUCGACAAAAGAACAAAGAUCGCAUUAAUUUCACAAUGACGGCUGUCAACCCGGUCUGGGUGGCUGGACCGCCCCUGAUUCUGCCUGAAGACCCGGAGAAGUUGAGUGAGACCGCCAUCGUUCCUUAUCGCAUCAUGAACGGGGAGAACAUGUCGUCUGCUGGACCUGGUAACGGAACACAUGUUGACGUGCGCGAUGUUGCACGACUCAUGGUGUUUGCAGUUGACAAGAAAGAAGUAGCCGAUGGGCAACGGUAUAUCGCUGGGGAAAACGGCAAUUUUGCAAACAUCCAGGCUUAUCGCGACUUAUUGCGAAAGGCUUAUCCUGAUAGACAACGAAUUAUUGGGAAAGGUGAACCAGGAAAGGGAUAUCUGCAAGACUACAGUAUUCCCAAUGGUGGCUUCAAGGUCGAUGCUAGCAAGGCGGUUGAAGCGACAGGCCAAGGCUGGAUUCCCUUUGACCGGAUGGUUCUGGAGUCUGCAAAGGCAUAUGAAAGAUAUUUCUGAAGGGACCACUCACUUUCAUGUCAAUAGCCAGAGGCUAGGGGAGGCAAGGAGCCUAAGGACCUUUACCCUAAACGACAAAAGUAUUUAGGUAAUCUAGACUAAGCUUAGGGGACUCUUCACUGAGUAUAUUUUGGCAUCUUCUUUUCAAGUCUCAAGUUUUCUUGCUCCCCGAGGAGCGGAUUCUGAAACCUGUCCAGUGGCCCAAAGCGACGAUACAGUCGUGCAUGGUCGCUU